AUGUCCAGACCUAUUCGUUACGCUUUCCCUCAACGUCCUGCCGUCGUCAUCGUCGGCCUAUUCGCCGCCGCCUACUUCGGCCGCGACAACCGCGACUUUGCCAACCUCUUCGGUGGUCGCCAGAACAUUGACAAGGUGCUCAACCUCGUCGUCAACCUGCACAUCGCUGAGGCUGUCGCCAUGGUCGGUUACUGUCUCUACCGCGGCGCCGACCUGGUCACCACUCUCCAGUACGGCGUCACCCAGCUCAUCGUCGGUUUCCCUACCUACAACGUGUUCAAGAGGCUCAAUGGCUGA